AUGCGACAUACUCUCGCUGAUCACGUAGGUUUCUUCAGUAGAGAUAAAAAUCUGAAAGAACUCGCCACCGCUCUCCACGGGUCGCGAAUCGAUGAGACCGCCGCAAACGUACUUGGUCUUCAACUCAAACCAUCCAAGAGAUCGAUGGAGAAGAAGCUGAAAACAGCUGCGGUCAAGCCGAAACCAUCCAAGUCGUUAGCCGACGAUUUCGAUAAAUUAUUCUUAGCCGAUCCAUCUGAAGUUUCAAACAAGCGAGUCCGUGUCUCAUCACCUAUUGCCGUUUCAACAGAAUCUGACGAGGGAGACGAAGCGAUGCCGGCAAAGAAGCCUGUCAAAAAAACUCCAAUUAGACGAGCAAAGCUCGACUCGUCAAAGGUCGCAGACUUUGAAGAUGCUGAGGUUACAGAGGAAACGGUCGAUAGAGAACAAGAUCUGGCCAAGGAGAAGGAAGAGAAAGAGACUGACCAGUGA